CCCAUAUGGAGCCUGUAUGUUGUUUGACAAACCGACACUCCACUAAUGAAAUUACGUCAUUGAAUAGAUUCAAAUAUUUCCAGAGAGGAUGGUAAACACAAAUUUCAAGUGGUCAUUCAGUAAGGUUUCAAAAACAUUUUAGUUAUAUUGACUGAAGGUAAUUGAAGAUUAAGAACAACUUUUGAAUGGAAACCUGCAGAUAACUGAUUUUAACCAACCAGAGAUAUUAGGGAAAUAGCUGUGGACAGGGAAAAAUUUACGAAAUGGACGAGUGGCAAACUGGAAAAUCGCUGAUAGAAGCUAAUAUCUAUAUGCUUCAUAACGAAAUUGCUACAGACGUCAUUUUUCUGGUUGGAGACGCCAGAGAGGAAGUGUGCGCGCACAAGUACGUUAUGAUGUCACGCAGUCCGGUCCUGCUCAGAGCGUUAAAAGAUCACAUGGAGAACACGGAUAUAGCGGUAAAUGUGCCUGAUGUAACCAUGGAAACCUUUAGAGAUGUUCUCACAUACUUAUACACGGAAAACAUAGAUCUACAUGCGGACAAUGUAACAUCUUUACUCUACGCGGCUAGACGAUUUCAAAUAAGCGGGCUUACAAAACUAUGCUUCAAUUUUUUGGAGACAGGAAUGUCCGUCAGUAACGUCUGUAAGAUAUUGGAACAAGCUCACAUUCACAAUGAGACAAAUCUGUAUGACAAAUGUUUGAAAUUCAUUUUUGUAAAUGGAAUGGAAGUUUUGAAAACGCACGCGUUCAAUGAGCUAUGUGAAGAAUGCGCUGGAGCCAUUAUACGCUCGGACGAACUUAAAGCUGACGAAGAACUUAUUUUCGAGGCAAUGGUUCUUUGGGCGACAAAUGAAUGCAGACGAAAAAAGAAGCCGUCAACGGACAUUGAUCGUCGCUAUGUUAUGGGACCACUGCUGUACCUUAUUAGAUUUCCAACUAUGGACGUUAGUUACUUCACGCAGAAAGUCUCGUUCCGCGAUAUCUUAUCGCACGACGAGGCUGUUUCGAUAUUCCAAUAUUUCCAUGGAGAGGAAAGACAACUUUCAAAACUAUUCAAUAAAAACGAACGGAAUAGAUUAAAAACAAAACGCCCACCGGUGAAUAAAAAUCAUAAACAACGACAACGAGAAGCUAAUAACUUUCCACUAGCUUUGGAGGUUACCCCAAGAAAACGAGCUGAAGUGAAACCGCAAAUUCCACUGUCGCCUCCGUCCAGCCCGAACAUGUCACGUGUUGCGAGAUUUCGAACGUAUGAUGGCCAAUGGAAGCAAAAUUGUUCAUCAGAUGCCAUAUCGUUCACGUGCUCCAGUCCAAUAGUGCUAUAUGGGAUUGAGGUUUUCGGCGCGACCAAGGGAACUGAAACGUAUAAUAUAAAGCUUUAUCUUUUUGAUGAUUUGAAAGAAGAAGUACGGAAAAACGACGUACGUAUCACAACGGAUACUGUAAGACGAACAUAUGACGUCAUGUACGCUCGGCCAAUAAGGGUGCCUCCGCGACGCGUUUUCACGGUGAUGGUGACAAUGAAAGGAAGUCCGACGUGUAAAGGGGUUGACGGUUCCUCGGUCCAUGUUUCUGAUGGCGUCACGUUUGAGUUUUGUAACAGCAACCGUAGUUCGAACGGAACUGACGUCACAGUUGGUCAGAUACCGGCCUUACUCUUUAACAAAACUGAGUAAACGAAAUUGUGCAUUACACUUCUAAAUAACACAAGUGCAGUAUGUGUUUCAGAAUGUGUUAUGUGGUUGAUGCAGACCCACUUAUAACAAAUGGCGCAUAUUUCUUUUUACGUACACCUACGUUGCCUUAUUCAAUGCAUGUGCCUAAUUAUAUAUGAUAGUGUUCACACUGAUAAACAAUAUCAUUUAAAGUUCCAUAAUACUUUUAAUUUAAGUUUUAAGCAGCUAUCCAAAUAGAUGAUAUGCAUAAUUACACCGUUGGAAAAUUACUUCUGUCAAAAGUUUACAUAAUAUCAAAAAGAGAGGUAAUUAUAACUAUAGAUUCAACACUUUCUAUAAAGUUAUCAGUAUUCAAACCUUUGGCAAAUAUAUGAGAAAUCAGUCAUAUCGAAAUUAGAAAUUAGCAAGAAAUAGACAUAUUUUAUGUUCAUAACAAAAAUGUGGUAGAUAGAUUAUAAACAACGGUAUAAGGAUCAUUUAGUUAAACGUAAUUGCUUUAUAAGUGUCGUUCAAAUUAGACUUUUAGAGGUUACAUAAAAUAUAUGAUUCAUU